GUUCUGUGCCCGGUGCUCAAGGUUGGUUGAGCGGCGGUCUCUCCGGCUGUCGGGUUUAGGGAUGUAAGUGGGGGACUGAAAUGGCUGCCGAAAAGAAGCCGGAAGAUGAUCAUGGGAACAGCAACGGCAGUCAUGUGAAAAUAUUUUUGCCCAAGAAGUUACUCGAAUGUCUACCGAAAUGUUCUGCUUUACCAAAGGAAAGACACCGCUGGAACACAAAUGAGGAAAUUGCAGCUUAUUUAAUAACAUUCGAGAAACAUGAAGAAUGGUUAACAACAUCCCCUAAAACCAGGCCCCAGAAUGGCUCCAUGAUCCUAUACAACAGGAAGAAGGUGAAAUACAGAAAGGAUGGCUACUGCUGGAAGAAACGGAAAGAUGGGAAAACUACACGGGAGGAUCACAUGAAGUUGAAGGUGCAGGGUGUGGAGUGUCUUUAUGGCUGUUAUGUCCAUUCUUCUAUUAUCCCCACUUUCCACCGGAGGUGCUAUUGGCUUCUUCAGAAUCCUGACAUCGUAUUGGUCCAUUACCUGAACGUGCCAGCCAUAGAAGACUGUGGGAAGCCAUGUGGUCCGAUACUGUGCUCCAUCAACACUGACAAAAAGGAGUGGGCCAAAUGGUCAAAAGAGGAACUGAUCAGCCAGCUUAAACCCAUGUUUCAUGGCAUCAAGUGGACCUGCAGUAAUGGGAACACCAGCGCCGGUUUCUCGGUGGAGCAGCUCGUUCAGCAGAUCCUGGACAGCCAUCAGACCAAGCCUCAGCCUCGCACUCACAACUGCCUGUGCACCGGCAAUCUGGGUGCCGGGAGCAGCGUUCACCACAAGUGCAACAGUGCCAAACACCGCAUCAUAUCACCAAAGGUGGAGCCGCGAACUGGCACCUACAGCAGCCAUCCAGAGGUCCAGAACAAUGACGUCUCCGAGGGCAAGAAUGACCACGGGCACGGCAAGGCCUCGAGCCGUGAGAAGCGGAACGGGAAGCUGGCCAAACCUGUCCUGCUGCACCAGAACAGCACUGAGGUCUCCUCCACCAACCAGGUGGAGGUGCCUGACACGACCCAGAACUCCCCGGUCUCCAUCAGCAGCGGCCUAAAUAGUGAAACGGACAUGGCUGACAGCCCAGCCAUUACCGGUGUUUCCAGCAUGGCUGUGGCCUCUGUAAUGUGCAGCCUAUCCCAGAACGCCACUGUCUUCAUGUCAGAGGUCACCAACGAGGCAGUAUACACCAUGUCUCCCAGUGCAGGACCCAGCCAGCACCUCAUCGCCUCGGACACCGGGGCCCAAGGGCUAGUUUUGGCCGUCAACUCAGAUGGCCACAAGUUCGCCUUCGCCUCCUCGGCAGCCACUGGCAACCCUGACGGCUUAUCCAUUAUGUCAGCAGGUGUGGCAGAGGAUCUGGUGCUCUCCUCCACCCUGGAGAGCAGUGAGAAGAUCCCAGAGGCCAGCAUGAACUUCGACCCCGACUGCUUCCUUAAUAACCCAAAGCAAGGCCAGACAUAUGGGGGAGGGUCCUUGAAAAAUGACAGCAGCAGCGGCAACUCACGGCAGUCACCAGGCAACGAGGGCGGCUACUGCUUCAGUGGGCCCUUGGUGAAGGAGAUUAAGACUGAGGAUAACUCCUUCGAGCAGCAGUUGUCCAAGGAAGGAUUCCAACCCAGCUCCACCCCAGCCGCUAUUUCCUUGACCCCCGGCUCAGCUUUGCUGUCAUCUGGGGGCCUCAGCCCCAGCACCACACUAGAGCAAAUGGACUUCAGCGCUAUUGACUCCAGCAAGGACUUCUCUUCGGGUUACGCCCAGAAUGUCCAGAGCCCCCAUGUUCACCAGAACCCUUCGCCCAGCUUCUUCCUGCAGGAGGCCAGCAAGUCUCAUCAGCUGGAGCCCAGCACACACAGCAAUGGCCUGAGCGAUGGUGGAGGCCCUUUCGGCAAUGGCUUGGGACUGGCCAAUGUUAAGACGGAGUCACCUACUCAGGCUGCAUCCAGCUGCAAUGGUCCUGUGCAGCAGGGCCGCAUGGAGGCCACUCCCUCCCUGCAGCUGCUGCAGUUCCAGGCCAACUUCCAGCCCAUCGCAGCCGAGGCAGAGGUCCCCAUGGAAACAGCAGCCCAGUCAGAGGGGGGCGAGGGCCUCCUAAAGUCGGCCGAGCUGCCUGCCUGCAGCACUGAGCACUACAUCCAGGCGGAGGCCGGGGGCAACGGGCUGCCCAUCCUCCAAGGCAACAUGGUGUCAGGGCUGUACCCGGUGGCCCACCACAGCCUAGGUCCCUCAGCCAACAUGGAGCUCAACCUGGAUCACUUCGACAUCUCCUUCAGCAACCAGUUCUCAGACCUGAUCAACGACUUCAUAUCGGUGGAGGGUGGCGCCAGCACGCUGUAUGGGCACCAGCUGGUGACCAGUGAGACGGGCACUGGGGGCACCCUGCAGCAAUCAGAGGAUGAGAGAGCCAGGGUGGCCACCUUCAGCCAGGCUGAGAUCUGCAUCCCUUGCUGCAGCCCCCAGCAACAGCAGCCGCAACAGCAGCAACAGCAACAGCAGCAGCAACAGGGCCUGCAGCUCAGCGGAGGGGAGAAUGGGGGCAACUCCAUGGCCUACAUGCACGUGUCUGAGGUGGUCUCAGCCCAGGGGGCACUGGGGCCCUUGCAACAGAGUGGACGCUUAUUCAUGGUGACGGAUUAUUCCCCAGAGUGGUCUUACCCCGAGGGAGGUGUGAAGGUGCUGAUCACGGGACCAUGGCAGGAAGCCAGCAAUAAUUACAGUUGCCUGUUUGACCAGAUUUCAGUGCCUGCAUCUCUUAUUCAGCCCGGUGUUCUUCGAUGUUAUUGCCCAGCCCAUGAUACUGGCCUUGUGACACUGCAGGUGGCCUUCAAUAGUCAAAUCAUCUCCAACUCCGUUGUUUUUGAGUACAAAGCCCGAGCCUUGCCAACUCUUCCCACCUCCCAGCACGACUGGCUGUCAUUGGACGACAACCAGUUCAGGAUGUCCAUCUUGGAGCGUCUGGAACAAAUGGAAAGGCGGAUGUCGGAGAUGGGAUCUCACCAGCAUCACCAGCAGACUGGAGGGGGAGGAUUAGGAGGAGGAAACGGAGGAGGGGGUGGCAACAGCCAGGCGCAGUGUGCAUCCAGGGUGGCCAGCUGCUCCUUCGAGAACCGCGUGGUGCUGGUGUGUGAGAAGAUGAUGAGUCGCGCCUGUUGGGUCAAAUCCAAACACCUCAUCCAUUCCAAGACCUUCCGAGGAAUGACCCUCCUGCAUCUGGCAGCUGCCCAGGGCUACGCCACACUGAUCCAGACAUUGAUCAAAUGGCGUGCAAGACAUGCAGAUAGUAUUGAUCUGGAACUGGAGGUGGAUCCAUUAAACGUUGAUCAUUUCUCCUGCACACCCCUGAUGUGGGCUUGUGCAUUGGGGCACACUGAAGCAGCUGUUGUUCUAUACAAAUGGGACCACCGAGCUCUCUCCAUCCCUGAUUCACUGGGUCGUUUGCCCCUGACAAUUGCCCGUUCAAGAGGGCACGUGAAGCUGGCAGAGUAUCUGGAAGAACUACAGAGGGAAGAUGAGUCACAGCUCCCCAGCCUCCCCCAGACACCUGGAAUGGUUUGCUCUCCCAUUGCAAAGUCAGGGAGUGAUGGCUGGAUUGGACAGUGGAACAGUGGCAGUAACAGCAGUCAGGAGACCCAGAAGAAUAUCAGCACAUCUCCUACCACAGAUCUCAGGCGGCCGAGAUCGGAAUCCCUGCAGUGCCACGGAAAUGACAGCCAGAGGGACCUCCCAGCUUCCAAGAAACACAAGCUAAACACAGAACACUUCCACUCCAGGCAAGAUAAAUCAUCACCCCAGCCACUAAACCUGGAGCAGAAGAACACCGCCAAACUAAGCUCCAGCCCGAGGCAACCAUCCCCCGACGCAAUUGAUUCCAAAAUGGAGAGGAAGAGUCCUAGGGAAUCUUCCCAACAUACCUCAGAAUUCCCUUUGCCCCUUACCUCCGGAUGCAGGAAUGUUGGGAACCAGACAAGUCCAAAGUGGAGCCAGAAGGAGAUUUACGUUAGUGUGGCAGCACAGACUACGACAGGGCAGCCUGUGGUGAUAAGGAAAGUCUCAGGUCUCAGUGCUGGGUCUAUUGCUCACAGGAUACAACAGAAGCAGGACAUCAGUGUUCUAAUGUUAUCAGAGAGGGAGAUGGUGGAUGCAGAAUUGCUAUCGUACAAGGAGAAUGAGGAGUGUUUUCAACACAUGGAUGAUUUGCAGGCUAAUAUGAUGUCCUUGGCUGAACAGAUCAUUGAAGCAACACCAGACAGGAUCAAACGGGAAAAUUUCAUCCCUAUGGAAUUUCCAUUGUCCGAUCGAGGGGAAAUCCCCAGUGUGAACACCACCUUGAGCUGGUUGGCCAGUUAUCUGGCAGAUGUGGACCAUUUACCCAGCUUAUCUCAGCUUCGGUCUUUGUACAGCGAGCCCUUGACUCCUCCCUCUAACGCAAGCCAAAGCCCUGCUUUGUCACCAAACAGCGAGGCUAAUUUUGAGAAACCCACUCUCCCAUCAGCAGCCGAUUGGUCUGAGUUCCUGAGCGCAUCAACCAGUGAAAAGAUGGAGAAUGAAUUUGCCCAGCUGACCUUGUCAGAUCACGAGCAGAGAGAGCUGUACGAGGCUGCAAAGUUGGUGCAAACCGCCUUCCGGAAAUACAAGGGACGUCCUUUCAGGGAACAACAGGAAAUGGCUGCUGCUGUCAUUCAGCGCUGCUACAGAAAAUAUAAACAGCUUACAUGGAUAGCCUUGAAGUAUGCACUUUACAAAAAGAUGACGCUGGCCGCCAUCCUGAUCCAGAGCAAGUUCCGCAGUUACUAUGAGCAGAAGAAGUUCCAGCAGAGUCGGCGGGCAGCUGUCCUCAUCCAGCAGUAUUACCGCAGCUACAAGGAGUACGGAAAAAUGAGGCAGAAGCGAAGGACAGCUGCUAUGGUCCAACAGAAAAUCAGGAGUAGUCUGCUGACCAAGAAACAGGACCAAGCUGCACGAAAGAUUAUGAGAUUUUUGCGCCGUUGUCGUCACAGGUGA